ACUGCGCCUUGUUUCCUUAUAUCUCAAUCUUAUAUUUCAAGUGUCGAGCUCUCUAGCAUACCCACAACGAGAAUACAGCUGAUUAGACUGGGUCAUUCACAGCUGAUACUUGGUGUGUCAGAGCCGCGAAGAUCAUUCAUAUCGUGACAACCUGCACGUCGACGCGAUCCAGCUCUAGCACACUUCAUUGAACCGUGCACAGUCCAGGAGUCCGGAUUUGCUCAUGGUUUCUGCUGACAAUCUCAACUUGGAUGUCCUAGAGCUCAUCUUCGCGUAUCUUGCGGGAAACGACCUAGUUUCGAUCGCGUUGGUCAGUCGAUCGUUUCUUGCAGGAGUAAUCCCUAGGCUGUAUUCCACCGUAUCAUUCAAGUUGCGUCAUUCGGCGAGAUAUAAUUCAAUAUUUUCGCCUUUCGCCGUGUUGAAGUUGCACCCUGAUCUAGCUAUUCAUGUUCGGCGCAUUGACAUCCACGCCGCCCCUGUCCUCAAAGCUCAGACCCAUCCGAUUUUUCUUGCUGAAUGCGCGGCCGCUAUGCAAUCCUGUAAAAACUUGACAUCGUUUACAUGUCUUCCCAAAAUCCUCGCUCCUCUCCUCGAAUCUCUGCAAGGAAAACAGCGACUCGAGAAUAUACACAUACAUGCUGCUUUGGCGACCGAACAGUCAGAAGCUCUGACCAAGCUUAAUACCGCACGUAGUAUCGUCCUGGACUUUGCUUCCUGGAGUAUUUUAAAUUUGUUGCCUAAAUGGGCAGAAUCGGCUCAACGGACGCUGACAACGCUGGCGCUAUAUAUGACUCAAGACUUGAAUGAAUGCAUUCUAGAGCCCACGAUCAUGCACCUUCCAAACCUAUUGGGACUUCACAUAAUAGGAUGUUCGAAAGUCAAUCAUCACAUUGUUUUGAAGCUCGCGACUCGUACUCACCUUUUGGAAGAACUGUCAUUCACCAUCUUCGAUAGCUCUAGCUUGGGUGAUAGUUCUUCGAUAUUGCCAUUGCAUCGGCCACCACUACAACGCCUUCGUCAUCUUGCGCUGGAUAUCCGAGCCAUCGAUUCUACAGCGAGUGCAGCCAUGUUGUCCUCUUUACUCACAAUCUUUCGCCCGUAUUCCCCACGACUCAGAUCCUUCACUGUCAAAGUCUCGGAUCGUCAGCUAAUACUUUGGGACACGUUCUUACAAACAAUGCUCGAUUCUUUUGCUCCCACUUUGACGCAUCUUGCUUUUAUGGAGUGCACUGUUGCCAAUUCGUCUAUACGUAAAAUAUGCGACGCUUGCACGCAACUUGAGAGACUAGAGGUCGCCAUCCCGGUGAAAGAUCUUACCGCAUUUGGUUCUGCCUUGACUUUUUCGUCCACACUUGAGACCCUCGUUGAUAUUGGUGACUCUCAUGCCACCCACGGGCCCCGGCCCACGCUAAAUCGCGAAAAUGUGCGCAACCUCAUGCUCGAUGUUCGGACCCUGAGAAAGGUUGUCAGUGAUAGCAGGAUCUGGACCGGGCGCCAGGGGACAUCCGCGUUAUCGUUGACAUUGCAGAGAAGCAAACCGAGUUCGGCUGACCACUGGUUUUUUCCGCGCGUAUGAUUUAACCUGUUGAGUUACUUGUCUAAAUAAACGUGGUAAAGGUCCUGUGGGUUUCUCGCCUUCGAGAAGACGUACUAAGCGAAACCAUAUUCUUGUCGUAUGGAAGCCAAUUGGACUCAUGUGCCUUUUGACAUUAUCCUGAUGUGACUCUAUUUGCUAGCCUUUGGUGUAGUUUAAUAACGUCCGGGUUUAUCCAAAAUGAGGUUCCACGUCUAAAUCAUAGAGUUCUGUGACAUAAUUUACCAUCAUCUGGCUACAUACAACUGGUACCACAACAUAUUACAACAAAAUGAUCAUCAUAAAAGCUCGUAAUAGAUAUCCAUGUGUGCGUCUAAGAGAAAUGUGAAAGCAUGGGGAGAUAAUGCGCUACAUUACAACAACCGUACAACCGAAUCCUGAAAAGAAAAAGUACAGACAUAAAGGAACAUUCUAUAGAAUCUUCCCCAUUUUGUAAUAGACGUAGUUCCCGCUGCGCCCAUGCACUAAGAGGUUGUUCUUCCAUCCCAAGCCCGUCACACGUCCCUCUAUGAUGGGAAAUACAAAUCGUGCUAGUUUCGAGAAUAGACCAGAACUGUUUCGAGAGAGAACGAGAAAGCGCCGGACUGCGCAGUUUACAGUCGGAUUACACGGCGUCGGCUACUC